CCUCCUCCUCCUCCAUGGAGCACCCACGCGCUUCUCGAUUCCCCUCCAGUCUCGCGUCGCGCGCUCGUGCGAUGACGCUGACCUUUGCACGCGCGCGAGAUUAUUCAUUACAUGUGGACAUCUGAGAUUAGAUGGAGCGUCUAUCGGCUGACAAUCUCCUCCUGCUCCUCCCGCGCUCCCUCCGUUCGGUCUCUCGCUUCAUCUCGCUCUCCUCCAUCGCUCGCCAAUCCCGGCGUUCGGUUUCCACCGCGAUGGGAAAUUAAAUAAAGUUGGCCGAGGGCAUCUGGAGCCGUGGAGCAUGUGAAUCUGAGAGGAACGCGGAUCGUGUUUCACGCAAGCGACGCCGCCGUCAACGCGCAGCCAUGCAGGAGAUCCCGUUGUCAAUUGCACUGACUUGAGGAAAGCUCCGUCGCGUUCAUUCUCUACACGAUUCACGCCGAGACGUUUGCGGGGAUGGAAUCGAAGUGAGUUCGGAGGCGAUCCGUAUCAUGGACGUGUUCAGCUUUGUCAGGAUGCCCAAACUAGCAGGUCACAGGACCAAGACCUCCUGCUGUCCUCCGCCGGCCGCCGGGAGUUGGCCAUCCGCACAGGGACCCUCCAAUGGCUGGGAGAUGUCGUCCUCUAGAGAGGCCCGCGACUGCUACGUCAAUCAUCUCUCGCAGUCAAGUUCUUUGGAGGAAGUGCGUGUUGAUGUGGAUAAGUUCGUCCCUCCUGCACCGCGAAAGGUGGAAAUGAGACGCGACCCGGUGCUCGGCUUCGGCUUCGUGGCAGGCAGCGAGAAACCAGUGGUGGUUCGAUCAGUUACUCCAGGAGGGCCUUCAGAAGGAAAGCUGAUCCCAGGAGACGAGAUAGUGAUGAUAAAUGAGGAGGCCGUGAGUUCGGCUCCACGGGAACGAGUCAUUGACCUGGUCAGAAGUUGUAAGGAGUCCAUCAUCCUGACCGUGGUGCAGCCGUACCCUUUGCCCAAAUCUGCCUUCAUCAGUGCAGCUAAAAAGGCCAAGUUGAAAUCCAAUCCGGUCAAAGUGCGCUUUGCUGAAGAAGUCAUUAUUAACGGACAAGAACCUGAUACUGUGAAGGAUAAUUCUCUGCUCUUCAUGCCAAACGUCUUGAAGGUGUAUCUGGAAAACGGACAAACAAAGUCCUUUAGGUUUGACUGCAACACCUCCAUUAAGGAUGUCAUUCUGACCCUGCAAGAGAAGCUGUCUAUUAAAAGCAUUGAGCACUUCUCUCUGACGCUGGAGCACAAGAUGGAAGGAUCUGCAACAAAGCUAAUGCUUCUGCACGAGCAGGAGAUGCUAAUGCAGGUGACGCAAAGGCCGGGCUCACAUAAAAUGAAAUGCUUUUUCCGCAUCAGUUUCCUUCCAAAAGAUCCGGUGGAUCUUCUCAGGAGAGACGCUGUUGCGUUCGAUUACCUCUACAUUCAGAGCUGUAAGGACGUGGUGCAGGAGCGUUUCGGCUCUGAGCUCAAAUACGACACAGCGCUUCGCCUGGCUGCUCUCCAGAUGUACAUCCUGACGCUCAGCACCAAACAAACACAGAAAGUCUCACUGAAAUACAUUGAAAAGGAGUGGGGUCUGGCGCAGUUCCUGCCUCCAGCGGUUCUGUCCAGCAUGAAAGAGAAGAACAUCAAGAAAGCGCUCACACACAUCCUGAAAACCAACCAGAACCUGGUGCCUCCUGGCAAAAAGCUGACGGCGCUGCAGGCGAAGGUUCACUACCUGAAAUAUCUGAGUGAUCUCAGGCUGUACGGAGGACAAGUGUUUAAGUCCACGCUGGUCCAAGGAGAGAAACACACGGAGGUGACGCUGCUGGUGGGGCCGCGCUACGGCAUCAGUCACGUCAUCAACACCAAAACCAACCUGGUGGCGCUGCUGGCCGACUUCAGCCACGUCAACCGCAUCGAAAUGUUCACGGAGGACGAAAGGAACGUGCGAGUGGAGCUUCACGUCCUGGAUGUUAAGCCCAUCACACUUAUAAUGGAAUCCAGUGACGCUAUGAACCUGGCGUGUUUGACUGCCGGUUAUUACAGGCUGCUGGUCGAUUCACGGAGGUCCAUCUUCAACAUGGCGAACAACAGUAACACUGCAGGACAAGACGCAAGGGUCAAGCACAACUACCAGGCAAUUGACUGGAAUUACGGUUCCUGCAGUGCAUGUGAUGAGCCCCACCACGAAUACGCCAUCUGUGGGCGAAGAGAGUUUGAUAUUUCCCCCACAGUCUCUGAAAUGCACCAGCCGCAGCAUCGCAUGCACGGGGACGAGAAAGCGGAGAGGGUGAGCAGAGGAAGCCACAUGCAUCCUCAGCCCUACUUCAGUGUCCCAAAAGGCAAACCUCAAGAGUCGCCCAGAAGCGCCAAAGUGUCCUUCAUAUUCAGCGAUCCUCCACUGGACUUUGUGAACCCUCAGAACUUGGGAUACCAAAGACUGAUGGAGGACAUCCCAGAAGUGCUGGAGGAACACCGGUACAUGUACGCACAACAGAAGGACUACAAGCCGCUGGAAGCAUCAAUGGAGGUCGACGGCUUCCAGUACGGUUCCAACAUGGUCUAUGGUGACGCCAAGAUCUUCGGUAUGACGGAAGGCAUCGAGGAGCCUUUGCUGCGCGAUAUCUGCUACGCCGAGACUACGGAUGACGCCGAGGAUGACGACGACAUUAGUUGCGAGGAGGACAUGAUGAUGAUGAUGAUGGAAGAGAUGAAGGACAAGGUGAACUCUCUCCUGUCGCUCUCGGAAUCGAGCGACGACAUUAUUGACCUCACUUCGCUUCCGCCGCCACCGGAGGGCGACGACGAGGAGGACAGCGACGACCUGCUGCAAUCGCUAAACUUGGCAAUUGCCGCUCCGCCACCAGGGUUCAGGGAUAGUUCAGAUGAAGAUGAUCACCAAGAGCGAAAAGGCUUAAAAAAUGACAUCCCUGUGUCGCUGAUCGAUUCGGUUCCAACGCAAGUGGCCGGUAGAACCGAGGAAGUGUUCAAUGACGCCGUUGUCUCCACACUACAAGCUCUGGAGGCCUUGGCAGCCUCUGAGGAACAGUCUCAUCCACAAUCGGACAAUAGUUCAGGUGUAGAAAUAUCUCGGUCCUUUAGCCCUGAGUCCUCCUCUGAUUCUGGGAACGAGACAAAUUCGUCAGAAAUGACGGAGAGCUCGGAGCUGGCCGCAGCUCAGAAACUCUCCGAAAAUUCUCUGAAAAUGUUAGUAGCCACGGCCGAAGGGUAUCAAACUCUAGCCGAAGAGGAGACCGAGUUUCGAUUGGUGCCGUGUGAGGUCCGGGCGUCUCUAGACGACUCCCAGUCCGCCGCGGUUGCCACUCUCCGCUCGGACCAUUUCGAAAUGGAGCCAGAAACAAUGGAAACCAAGUCGUUGACGGACUACUUCAACAAAAUGCACAGGGACGUGAUGAUGGGAAUGUCACAGGGGAAGAUCAAGGAGCAAGACGGCGGGAUGAAAUUGUGCGACCAAGCGGAAGCGCGUCAGAUGAAUAUCACAGAAUCGGAGGAUCUUGUUGGGAUGUACAACAACUUCAAUGGACGGGAUUCCCAACGUUCAGGUCCCUUUGACUUGGAGAGGAUGUCUUACGCUUUUCAAGAAAGCAAUCAAAGAUUGCAUAUGAUUUUGAAUAAUAAAUCUGAAGAGCAUAUUUACUCUGAGGUGGUUGGCGAUGGCGGUCCGUUGCAUGCAGACAGGGUAACGCAAAAAGUCAGUUUGAAGGACUCGAUAGACUUGAACACAAGUUCCCCCGCCAAAAAACAAUAUAUGAUUGAGAGAGCCCGGAACGAACAUCAACAGCGCAAGGUGGCUUCAUCCGAACAGGAAGUGACACGGUUAUACGAGUACCACUUGUCCAAAAGGAUGUCGUCUUUACAGAGCGAGGGAAUUCAUUCCCUGCAGAGUUCCCAGUGUUCGUCCAUCGAUGCCGGCAGCAGUACAGGAAGCAGUAGCUGUGUGACACCAAUGGACUCUCCUCUGUGCACGGUAGAUAGCGUCCAUCUGCAUGGAGAGUCCUCUCUGAAAGGUCUUGGAUAUCCAAAUCAGAACGUAGAUGAAACGUUUUUGCGGAAGCACCAUGGACAGGCUGGCCAAGUGUCGGGCCGAGAGGGAUGCCAAAGGUUGCCCAAGAUCAGAGAAACUACAGUGUAGCAUGCUGCAGAUGGAGAUAAAACAGAAGAAUCGUCAUCUUCUCUCACGAUAUGUCCAUAUUCAUCCAUAGCACAGUUUCCUAUGUGCCAAACCAGAGGUGAUCUGAGGUCUUGAAUGCUUC